UGCGAAAGUAAAAUAAAUUAUACAAAACACACAUACAAAACAUAUAGAAGAAGAAAAUCUUCGGUUGAUAAAAACUAUUUAAAUGAAGAGGAACGGUGAAACCAAGCGGCGGAGGAACGUGGCGGAAGAGGCGGAGCAAGGAGGAGGAGAUCCGGCGAUGUGGGAGGAUCUUGAUCGUAAUUUCAGACAAGUGCAAUCGGUUUUGGACAGAAACAGAUCACUUAUCCAGCAAGUCAACGACAAUCACCAGUCAAGAAUGGCUGAUAACAUGUCCAAGAACGUUGCUUUGAUCCAAGAACUCAACGGAAACAUCUCUAAGGUUGUUUCAAUGUACUCUGACCUCAACACCAAUUUCUCAUCGGCGUUUCACGGUGGGAAGAACGGACGCGACGGUGGUGGAACUACCGGAACCAGAGCUAAUUAAUCAACCCGGAUCAAAUUGAUCUCUCUUAGUUGGACCGGCCGGUUUGAACAUUUCGAAUAAGUCUGUUUAACAUAUGAUCUAAACCUGUUAUAUAAGUUAAUGUUAUGUUAUUGCAAUGAUUGUCGUUAGAAUAAUCCGUGGGAGAAAACCCAUUAUAUGGGUUAUUUUAAUUAUGGUUCGAGUCUUUUUCAAUGUGUCUCUGCUGCAAUUUCUCUAAUAAUAAAUAAAUAAAUAUUUAGACUAAAA